GACAAGGGAACCGAGCCAGCAGGCCUGGGGCAGAGGCGGUUCCAGGGUGAGGUGGACAUCAGUGGCAGCAGCAGCAGGCGGAGAGGUUUAUCUGCCCUGCAGCCUGGGGUGCCAAAGGGGCCACAUCCAUCUGGAGAGACCACGUGCAGCCAUCAGAUGCUGCCAAGGGAUCUCAAGGCAGCAGCAUGAGCAGAGAUCUCUCAGUGUCACGUAACUGAACCACAACCGUACGUGUUUGAAACCACUGAGAGACACCAGCUUGGAGCCAGAGCGCAGCGCCGAGCUGUCACCACACACCAAAGCAGCAGCAGGAUCUCAAGAUCCCUUGAGGAAUGGGGUUUGGGAGUGCAUAAAGUGACUGUGCUCUCUCGGCGAGGCAGCUCCCUUGGAGAAGCAGGUGAGGCGAUCUUCAGGAGCAGAGCUCGAGGCCCUCCUUCCUGUGGGACAGGGACUAAGGCUCUUGGCAGACACCCCAUCCUCUGCUAGGGCAGAGAGUACAUCAUGAACACCGCCGACAACUGUUCUUGCCCCAUGGCUUUUAACACCACCAAGUACUUCCUCAUUCCCAUCUACUCCGUGGUAAUAGGGACUGGCUUGCCUCUGAACUUCCUGGCAUUCUGGGUCCUGGUGUCCCAGAUCAAAAAGGCUGUGGUCCUUUCAGUCUUUGUGAUGAACCUGGUGGUGGCUGACCUACUGCAGACCUUGACACUGCCCUUCUGGAUCUACUACAGCCAUCAGGAUCACCGCUGGGACCUGGGGGAGAUCAGUUGCAAGGUGGUCCACCUGAUCUUCCUCACAAACUUCUACGCCAAGAAUGGUUUCCUGUGCCUCAUUGCUGCAGAGCGCUAUCUCGGCCUGGUCCACCCCCUGCACUUCCACGGGCUGCAGACAAUGCGCAGUGCCGCCAAGGUCAGCGCAGCCACGUGGCUGAUGGUCAUUGGCCUCUGCUCCUUGGGCAACUGGCUGCAGAACCUGGGGUCAAACCACUGCUAUGACUGCUACCCACAAGCCACAGAGUACAUCCAUUUCCGAUGGUUUGUCUUGGGCAUCUCCUUCCUCCUACCCUGCUUCUUCAUGGGUUUCUGCAACAUCCAGGUCCUGUGCAAGAUUAGACAGGUGUCAUUCCUGGAGCAGGAGAAGAAGCAGCACAUGUGCUGGUUUAUGUCCCUCAUCAUCAUCUCCUUCUUCCUGCUCUUCCUCCCUUAUCAGGUGAUUUUCUUGUUGAAGCACCUGAUGAAGUCACCAGACCUUGACAUAUGUCCUCUGGAAGAGAAGUUUUUCACCUACAGCCAGGUGGCAAAGAGCCUUGCCACAUUGGGCAACAUCACAGAUCCCCUUCUCUACAUCCUGCUCCUCGAAGAGGGGAGGGCAGAGCUCAGGACCUGCUUCAGAAACAUGGUCUUGAGAUCAGCGUCGUAA